AUGGCACGGGGAGUCUGGGAGUCUGGGAUUCUGCAGGUGGCCACAAAUUCCAUGAAAAAGCCCUCUCAUAAUGAAAGAAUGAAACAGAAAGAAGAUGACAUAAAGCUGCCAGAGGAGUCAAAGGGUGAAAUGCACCAGGCUGAGAAAGCAAAGGAGAAAGACAAGAUGGAAAAGAAGGUUGUGCACAGAAAGCUGUUUCCAGAUUCACAUCUGUUCAAGCGCUGGGGUGCAGAUUUAACAGAAGAGCAACAAACCACAGCCCAGGAUCUAUUCACUAAAUAUGGGUAUAAUGUUUAUCUCAGUGACCGUCUGCCCCUGGAUCGGCCUAUUCCAGACACCAGAUAUCCCAGCUGUAAAGAGAAAAAAUAUCCCCACGACCUCCCAACGCUUAGUGUCAUUCUCAUAUUCAUGAAUGAGGCAAUGUCAAUCAUCUUACGUGCAAUUACCAGUAUAAUUAACCGAACGCCUUCUCAUUUGCUGAAAGAAAUUGUCCUGGUAGAUGAUUACAGCUCAAAUGAGGAUCUAAAAGGAUAUUUGGAUGAACAGAUAAAAAAUUACAAUGCAAAACAUCCUGGAUUGCUAAAAAUUGUGAGGCAUCAGAAGAGAGAAGGCCUAACACAAGCUCGGAUUUCCGGCUGGGAAGCAUCUACUGCCGAUGUUGUCGCAAUCUUGGAUGCCCAUAUUGAAGUGAAUGUUGGCUGGGCUGAACCUAUUCUGUCUCGAAUCAAGGAAGAUCGUACUGUUAUAAUAUCACCGGUAUUUGACAAUGUUCGCUUUGAUGACUUUGAACUUCUUGAGUAUGCAGUGUCUGCAGAUGGAUUUGACUGGGCACUAUGGUGCCUCUAUGAACCAUUACCAAAAGAAUGGUAUGCACUCAAAGAUGAAACGGCUCCAGUCCGGAGUCCUUCUAUUAUGGGGAUACUUGCUGCACAUAGAGUUUUUCUGGGUGAGAUUGGGGUACUGGAUGGCGGAAUGCAUAUAUACGGAGGGGAAAAUGUGGAACUUGGCCUGCGGGUUUGGCAGUGUGGGGGUCAGAUAGAAGUUUUGCCCUGUGCAAGAGUUGCUCACCUGGAAAGAGCGCACAAACCCUACUUGCUGGACUUGAGCAUUGCUAUGAGACGCAACGCCCUGAGAGUGGCCGAAGUGUGGAUGGACGACUAUAAAUACAUGAUUUAUUUCGCAUGGAAUCUUCCUAUUGAGAAUCCUGGAAUAGACUAUGGAGAUGUUUCUUCCAGAAAGGAGCUAAGAAAGAAACUGAACUGUAAAAGCUUUGACUGGUACAUAAAGAACGUAUAUCCUAAUUUAAUACCUUUGACCACUGUUGUUGGUUACGGAACAAUGAAAAACACUCUGAAUGAGAACAUCUGCAUAGAUCAAGGCCCUGUCCCUGGAAACACUCCAAUAAUGUAUGGCUGUCAUGCUUACUCACCACAGCACUUGUUUUAUCUCAGCACUGGAGAAAUGUAUAUAGGAGGCCUACGAUCUCGACAGAAUGCAGUAGAUCGGUGCCUAACUGACCCUGGCACAGGAGACCUGCCAUUUAUAGAGCAAUGUAAUGAGGCUGUGAAAAAGGGACUGAACAUGCAUUGGGAUUUUAAGCAGGGAUCAUCCGUGAUGAACAAGAAAACUAAGAGAUGCCUUGAAAUUGUAAAGGACAAUCCGUCUUCGCCUUACAGGCUUGUAAUGCAGAACUGCACUGGACAAAAAUGGAAUGUUCAACACACAGUUAAAGAUUGGGGCAAGAGAAGUGCUCUGAGAUAG